GGUUAUUUCUAUGAUACAUAUUAAAUUUAAAAGAUCUUUACCUUCAAUCCAAAACUCCUUUUGACGAGAUCUGGAACAUUAUUCUUUCUGAUACUCAAAAUUAGUUGCACAAAAAGAUUAGGAGGUUGCCUUAAAAACUAAAACAUUCGAAAUUCGUCAAAAUGACACCUUUUAAAAUUAAAAUUGAUAAGUUACAUUAAAAAUUCACGUUUGAUAAAUUCUGUAUAUAAGCUUUCACUGUGUGCACAAAAUUUUGUAUUCUUGCUUGAAUUUUUCACACUAGCAUUCACAUAUUAUUUUAUUUACAUUAAAAAGUCAUGAAAAGAGAACGGUUUUUUUUAUUACAAAAAUUCUACGUAACUGAUAAAGCAACUUUUAACUGACCGAUGUUUGUGGCGCGAGAUUGUUGCAUAUUUGAUUUUUCAAAAUUUCAAAAUGGCGCGUUCAAUUGAUUGUUACGGUUAGACAAGCAGACUGUAGACUCCGUGAAAUCGCGAUGUAUAUAUUGCGAAAAUAUCGAAGUAUCGACGGAUUAGCGAAAAGAGCGCUACUCUCCACCGUUAACUAGUAGGGAAAAGUGUAUUACUGUCAGUAGCGAAGAAAGAAGAUCAGUCGGUAGAAAAAAAGAAAACAUAGUAAGAGUAGGGUGAUCAUACUCCUCCGUAUGACAGACGGGGCUGUCAUAUUCUACCAAAGCGUACAUUUAUCCCCGAAACUUUCAAAGACAUUAGUACAACAAUGGCGAUGGGCAAAGGGUUUCGCGUCUACGAAAAGUUAAAACCACCUAGUCCUCAUUCACUUAUAUUGGAACAACGAAAUCGAAAGGAAACUGUUCUUUUCGAAUCACAGGCAGUCGCUGUUCUUUCUGCUGAAGAAACAGACACUUUGAAAGGGAAAUACACAAAAUUAUUAGAUGCAUAUGGAUGCUUAGGCGUAUUGCAGUUAAAUGCAGGUGAAAAUACUUUAUUAUACCUUGUUCUUGUGACUGGCUGUUUUUCAGUUGGCAAAAUAGGAGAGUCUGAAGUAUUUAGAAUUACACAGACUCAUUUUGUACCACUUCAUUAUACACAAAGUAACGAGGAUCGUGUAUCUGAAGUUAGAAAAGUUCUCAACUCUGGUACAUUUUAUUUUUCUUGGUCUGCUAAUCAAGAGCCUCUUGAUAUUACCCUUAGUGCACAGAGAAGAUGCAAAUCUACAACAACUGACAAUAGAUUCUUUUGGAAUCGAAUGUUACAUAUACAUUUAUUAAGAUAUGGUGUGGAUACAUCCCAUUGGUUACUUAAAGCAAUGUGUGGUAGUGUAGAAAUUCGAACUGUAUAUGUUGGUCAUAGACAAGCUCGUGCUGUCCUCAUGUCUAGAUUAAGUUGUGAACGGGCAGGCACAAGGUUUAAUGUCAGAGGAACUAAUGAUGAUGGUCAUGUAGCAAAUUUUGUAGAAACAGAGCAAGUAAUAUAUUUAGAUAAUGAAGUAACCUCUUAUGUGCAAACCAGGGGAUCAGUUCCUUUAUUCUGGGAACAGCCUGGUAUACAGGUUGGUUCUCACAAAGUGAAAAUUUCUCGUGGUUCUGAAGCUUCUGCACCAGCUUUUAAUAGACAUUUGAAUAUGAUUAAACAAAGAUAUGGCCAACAAGUAAUUAUCAAUCUUCUUGGAUCUAGUCUAAUUGGGAGUAAAGAAGGAGAAGCAAUGUUAAGUCAAUUAUUCCAAACUCAUCAUAAUAUGUCAGAACAUACUGAUGUACCUCAUAUUCUAUUUGAUUACCACCAAGAAUGCAGAGGUGGAAAUAUGAAAAACCUUUCAAAGUUGAAAACAAAAGUAGAUAAAUAUUUAGAAUCAUUUUCCUUGUUUUAUGCGGCUGGUAAUACUGUCAUUCUUGAACAAACUGGGACUAUUAGAACAAAUUGUCUCGAUUGUUUAGAUAGAACAAAUUGUGUACAAACAUUUUUUGCACUGGAGAUACUUAGCAAACAACUUGGAUUAUUAAAGUUACUUGAAAAACAGCAGAUGGUUUCAAGAUUUGAAGAAGUAUUUAGACAAAUGUGGAUCAACAAUGGUAAUGAAGUAAGUAAAAUAUAUGCUGGUACUGGGGCAAUUCAAGGAAGUUCAAAAUUAAUGGAUGGUGCAAGAUCUGCAGCUAGAACAAUACAAAAUAAUUUAUUAGACUCCAGUAAACAAGAAGCUAUUGACAUUUUGUUAUUGGGAUCAACUUUAAAUACUGAAUUAGCGGAUAGAGCUCGAUUACUUUUACCUUCUAAUAUGCUACACGCUCCACCCAGCGUUCUCAGAGAAAUGUGUAAAAGAUAUAAUGAGUAUGUAGCUACAAUAAAUCUCAGAAUAAGUGUUGGUACCUACAACGUUAAUGGAGGGAAACACUUCCGAAGUGUCGUGUACAAAGAUGUGUCUCUUUCUGAUUGGUUACUAGAUGCUCCACGAAAAUCAUCAUCUCUAGUAUCAGUUGAAUAUGACAAUAUUCCUGUAGAUAUAUUUGCGAUAGGAUUCGAAGAAAUCGUUGACUUGAAUGCUAGUAACAUAAUGGCUGCUAGUACUGAUAAUGCAAAAGCUUGGGCAGAGGAAUUGCAAAAAGUACUUUCUCGGGAUACUGAAUAUGUUUUGGUCACAUAUCAACAAUUAGUCGGUGUUUGUCUUUAUUUAUUCAUACGACCUGAGCAUGCACCUUAUUUAAGAGAUGUAGCUGUAGAUUGUGUAAAAACCGGUUUGGGAGGUGCAACAGGAAAUAAAGGAGCUGCUGCUAUUAGAUGCGUAUUGUAUUCCACGUCCUUUUGUUUUGUUUGUGCACAUUUUGCUGCUGGUCAAUCUCAAGUGAAUGAACGCAAUGCAGAUUAUGCGGAAAUUACGCGAAAAAUUACCUUCCCUAUGGGAAGAACAUUGAAUACUCACGAUUACGUAUUUUGGUGUGGAGAUUUCAAUUACAGGGUUGAUAUGGAUAAGGAUGAGAUGAAAGAAAUGAUCAAAAGAAACGAAUUUGAUCAAAUAUUACAAUAUGAUCAGUUGAAGGUUCAACAGGAGCAAGGAAAUGUUUUCAAAAAUUUUUUGGAAGGUCCUAUUAACUUUGCUCCAACAUACAAGUAUGAUCUUUUUUCUGGUGACUAUGAUACUAGUGAAAAAUGUCGACAACCUGCUUGGACGGAUAGAGUAUUGUGGAAACGUCGAAAACAAGUACCUGAUAUCGAUUCCCCUACAGAUUGGAAUCCAGGAAAAUUAAUUCAUUAUGGCAGAGCAGAAUUGAAACAAAGUGAUCAUCGGCCGGUUAUUGCCAUUAUAGAUAUAGAUAUUCAUUGCGUUGAAUCUGAAAAGCGUGAACGAGUAUUCAAAGAAGUGAUUCAAGAUUUGGGUCCACCUGAUGGCACUAUAGUAGUUAAAGCAGUUGAAGAAUCGGAUGAUAUGGACAGUGUGUUUGAUGAAAAUUUCAUGAUGGCUCUAUUGCAAGAUUUCUCUCAUAUUGGUGAAGUAAUCCUUGUCAGAUUCGUCGGUGAAACAAUCUGGGUAACAUUUAGAGAUGGACAAUGUGCUUUGUCAGCAGCAAGAAAAGGUAUGACUCAAGUAUGUGGUCAAGCCUUGAAAUUAUCAUUGAAAUCUCCAAACUGGGUACAACUAAUUGAAAAAGAAAUAGAACUUUGCAGUAAUACUACAGUUGCACAGUUUGUUUCAAAUUCUCCAAUGAGGAGCCCUAUGCAAAGAUUAGAACAAUUAGACAUAGGGGAACGAUCAUCCCCUAGUAGAAGUAGUCCAAAUGGAAUAAUUCCUCCUCCCAGACCAGCUCCGCCAGGGCGUCCAACUCAACCACCAAAAAGUCCAGUACAAGAUCGAAAACAAGGACCACGAGCUGGUGUAUUUAGCGUGUUGCCCAAUCAAUAUCCAGCACCUUUAGCUAGAGAAAGAGAAUUUGAGCAAAGCGAAAGGUUAUCUCCGGAAUCUGCAAUUUAUGAAGAAAUAAUGGAUGGAUCACCUAACUACCCCAUACCAAACCGUCCACCACCUCCAUUACCUCGUACGGAUCCUUUGCAAGAACCUAGUAGGCCACCCAAUUCUAAACCACCUCCACUACCUCAAAGACAAGCUCCUCCUCCUCCUCAACAUCCACCACCUAGUUUACCCGCGUCGAAUGCUCCACCACCAAUUCCGGCAAGAACAUCAGGUGGACCACCCAUUCCAGCUAGAAAUCCACAUUAAACAGUGGUCUAUAUAAUUUCGGAAUUGACUCGUUAUGUGUCAUUGUGUAGCUAAUUAUUUAUAAAUAUAGAUAGAGAUUAAAAACAGAAUAGAUUGCUUCUAUGUAAUGCACAGCUGUGUAGGAUACUAUAAAUCUCAAGUCUAUUCUGGUUAGUCAAAUUCAGUUUUCAGACACUGUAAGAAUUUAUGCUUCCUGUCGUGCAUUUUCUUAUUAUACUUUAUAUAUAAACGAAUCUGUUAAAUACCUCAAAGAUUUGAUUAUACAUAUAGGAGGGUGUCCCAGUUUUUUCUGUAAAACUUUACCAGCAUAUUCUAUAAGUAAAAAUAAGAAAAAGAUGUUAUACAAAUAUAUGCUUCUAAAUCUUUUAUUAAAACAAGCUAUAACACAAAUACGAAAUGGUAAUAGACUGCUUUCUUGUUCGAUACCACAUAGGAAUAGAUUUUCGGUUCACAAUACAAUUCCAUUUCGAAAUGUCGUCCGUUAUUAUGAAUAUAGGAUUGGUAUCUUCAGAAAAUAGAAUCUAUUGCAUUACUCAUUUCUUGUUCAUAUUUCUUAAUUGCAACAAAUAAAUCGUGAAUCCUUUGCAUUAACCCCUGACACCUAUUAAUUUGUAUUUAAUAAACUUUUUCUAUCAGAGUUCUCUACAAGUAAAAAUCCAUUGGCGUGAUAUCCGGCGAUCUUGGGAUUGAUCCUUCUCGACCUAUGCAUUGUUGAGGGUAAUGAUCAUUUAAUGAUUGUUGUAUUGGUUGACCAAAUUAAUGAUCUUAGCAAGUAAAUAUUAGAGUUUGUGUAAACAUAUCAAAUAGAUAUCAGCAAUGUUCUUAUCAUUUCAUUUAUUUAUUAUAAUUAAUUAAUUAAAUUAAUCUUGCUUAUAGCAUAUGUUGGUAAAUUUUUGCGGAAAAAAGCUGAAUCACCCUGUAUAUCAUAGAACAUAUACAGAGUUUAAAAAUGUAUCCAGUUUAAAUACUUCUUAAUGAUCGUUGAAACAAAUAAACUAAUAAUUAUGUUAAUGAAAUUUGUGCUGUUGAAAAUGUUAUAUUAAUAUAAUCUUGCGAUAAAAAAUUUAUUGUGGCUAAAUAUAAAGAAAAAGAACUAAUACUAUUAUAAAAUACACAAGCCACAAACGUUAUAUUUUCAUGAUAUAUUAAUUUUACAAUCAAUGUUAAAAUGAUUUAUUAACUAUGUUACACCUUACUGUAUUUUAUUACAAAUAGAUGGUAAACAUGAUUUUUAAAAAUUGAAAGAGAGGUAAUUUAUGUUUACUGCUAGUUAUAAUGGUAAAAAUAAAAGACUCAAAGAACAGUAUUCAUACAAAAUAUUUUCCAUAAGUACAUAUAUAUUGUAUGUAUAAAUCAAAGUUUUAAACACUGUCAGAAAAACAAAAUAUUACUAUAUUUAUUUUGUAGCUUCACAUGUAUUGUAUUAUUGUACAUGUACAUAUAAUAUAGAGAUCGAUACGAAUUACAACUAUAAUGAGA